CGCAAGCAGUCAGUUUGACACAUGAGUGCUCAGCCUAUCACAAAGACACACACACACACAUACAAAAUUAUAGAUAACCUCACAAUUACACAGAUCUUGAGCCGGGAAUCAUACUUUGGGAAUCACCUGGAGAGAACAAGGGCAGAGGUCCAGCCUGUCCAAGUGUUUGCACAGAAUCCCAAGGGGCUUACGGCAAGGAGACAGGUUGAGCAGUUGGUUUGUCCGACUCAGAUCUACAGAGCUCCAGUCAACGUCAGCAGGUAAAGGACUUAUUUAACAGGAGAGGGAGUGCUGACAUUGUCCACCUGACACCAUGGACCAGGAGGAUGACAAGAACUCAUUGGAUAUCCAUGACAACCCUCCAGCUCCUGACAAUGUAGUGAAGGAGGACGGAGAAACUGUCUAUUUCAUAUAUGAGGAGGAGGUGGAGGUGGAGGAGAAGGAACCAGAACCUCCUCCACCAGUUCUCAGAGUCAACGACAAACCGCACAAGUUCAAGGACCACUACUGCAAGAAACCCAAGUUCUGUGACGUCUGUGCUCGAAUGAUAGUCUUGAACAACAAGUUUGCUCUGAGGUGUAAAAACUGCAAGACCAACAUCCAUCAUUCAUGUCAGUCAUAUGUCGAGUUCCAGAGAUGCUUUGGCAAAAUUCCGCCUGGCUUCAGAAGGGCCUACAGCUCCCCCCUGUACAGCAGCGACCAACCAGAUCCAAACAACUCGAACAGGAAUGACCCUGUCUUUGACACCCUGCGGGUCGGUGUCAUCAUGGCAAAUAAGGAGCGCAAAAAGAAUGAAAACGACAAGAAAAAUAUGAUGAUGAUGAUGGAGGAAGAGGAAGAAGAGAACCAACAGCCCAAAGAGAACGAGGAGGGAGAAGGGAAGCCUGAUGAUAAGAAGGAGAAAGGAGGAGACAAAGCUGAUGAAAAGAGUAAAGGUACAUUCUCCCACUCCCACUAUUACCUGGCACUCUACCGCUUCAAGGCCAUUGAGAAAGACGACCUCGACUUCCACCCCGGUGAUCGGAUCACAGUCCUGGAUGACUCUAAUGAAGAGUGGUGGAGAGGAAAGAUGGGAGAUAAGUCGGGCUACUUCCCCACCAACUACCUCAUAAAAGUGCGUUCGUCGGAGAGAGUUUUCAAGGUGACUCGCUCCUUUGUAGGGAACAGAGAGAUGGGACAGAUCACACUGAAGAAAGAUCAGAUUGUGGUGAAGAAAGGAGAUGAGAAAGGCGGCUACCUGAAGGUCAGCACUGGACGCAAGCUGGGCUACUUCCCUGCUGAUCUGCUGGAGGAGAUCACUGUGACAUAGAAACCAUAAUGUUCAAUGAUAGAGGCCACAACACACUUUAAAUAUCAGCACAAACUGGUGCCUGACAGCUACUUUCUGUAACUGUCUCCUGAAAAGAAAAGAAUUUGCUUACUGUGUCGGUCACAGCUGAUGUGUAUUUGCUGUGAUCUGUUUCUGCCUUUGACACAAAGUGAAGCAUGAGAACAGAGAAAUUGAGAAUGUUUCAUUGGUACUUACAUUCUUAAGUUGGAAAGACACAAUCUCUGAUAUAUUGGUUUUGUUGUGAAUAGUUUAAAAAUAUAAAGGCUAAAUGCUUUAAUUUAUUGCCUUUGAGGACAGACUGAGGACACCUGCAUUAAUUGUUAUAAAGGUGGGCAAUUGAUAUUUAACAAAUGCAUCCAUGUAUUUGAUUUUUUUGACGAUAGUGACUGAGAGUUCCUCUCAAAUCUUACAACUAUACCUCUGAGUAGCAGAUAUAUAUUUUUAUAAAAGGCAGCACAUGGGAAAGUGAUAAUAAAUCAUAAUUAAAUCUAUGAUCUAAUCAGAAAGAUCUAAUGAAUGAUUUAUCACCAUUGCAAGUCUUUCUCUGCCCUUACAAGUAAAAGCCAUUUCAACAUGUACAUAGAUUUCUAUUAAUGUAAAAAGAAAAAACACAGAUAAUAUUGGACUGAGUCUAAACAGACUUUCACAUGUGAUUUUACUGUGGAUUACUGUGGAUACGACCGGAUAAUGCCUGACGUGUAAAUGUUUCAAAUAAACCUGAAGUGCACUUACAUA